GGACAGGAGAGAACUGUCUUCUUAUAUGGGAAAUCUUUCCUCUCCAUGGGAUUGUCGCACUGAAAGGGGGUGUUGAUUGUCACCAUUGAUCAUUAUAUUUUUGACCUUCGGGAUUGACUUUUUAAGAUUCAUGUUGGGUGAGGAAGAAGCCCAGAUCAGGAGGAAGAGGAAAGAAAAGGAAUCUGGAAUGGCUCUUACUCAGGGACACUUGACAUUCAGGGAUGUGGCCAUAGAAUUCUCUCAGGAAGAGUGGCAGUGCCUGGACCCUGCUCAGAGGGCUUUGUACAGGGCUGUGAUGUUGGAGAACUACAGGAACCUGGUCUCCCUGGGACUCUUGCUUCCUGAAGUGACUAUUCUCUCCAUGUUGGAGGAAGGGAAAGAGCCCUGGACUAUGAAGAGUGAAGUGAACACAGCAAAAAUCCCAAAUAUGGGGAAAUGGAUCGAAGGUGUGAACUCAGGGAGGAGCUGUGUAUUGGGAAAUGAUGCAGAAAACAAGCCUAUUAAAAAUCAACUGGGAUUAAGUUUUCCAUUUCAUCUGCCUGAAAUACAGCAUUUUCAAGCUGAAGGGAAAAUUUAUGAACGUAAUGAAGUUGAAAAGUCUAUCAACCACAAUACCUCAUUUUCACCACUUGACAACAUUUCUUCUAAACUCAAAACCCACAUAUUUAAUAAUUAUAACAAUGAUUUAGUUAGUUCUCCAGUUCUCAUGCAAGAACUGAAAACACACAUUGGGGAAGAGCCUUACAGAUGUAAUGAGCAUGUGUCAUCAAGCCUUGCUAUUCAUGGGGUAACCCAUACUGGACAGAAACCUUUCAAAUGUAACCUGUGUGGCAAAGUCUUCAGGCAAAAUUCAGACCUUUUACGACAUUGGAGAAUCCAUACUGGAGAGAAACCUUUCAGAUGUAAUGAGUGUGGCAAAGUCUUCAGUCAAAAUUCACACUUAUCACGACAUCAGACAAUUCAUACUGGGGAAAAACCUUACAAAUGUAAUGACUGUGGCAAAACAUUUAGUGUACGUUCAACACUUAGUACCCAUCUGCGAAUCCAUAAUGGAGACAAUCCUUACAAGUGUAAUGAAUGUGGCAAGGUCUUUAGUUGCAAUUCAUACCUUAGACGGCAUCAGAGUAUUCAUACUGGGGAGAAACCUUACAAAUGUGAUGACUGUGGUAGUGCGUUUAGCAUGCUGUCAAGGCUUUAUGUACAUCAGGUAAUCCAUAAUGCAGAUAAACCUUAUAAAUGUGAUGUGUGUGGCAAGGUUUUUAGUCAAAAUUCAAACUUAGCAAGUCAUCGUAGAAUUCAUAGUGGAGAGAAACCUUACAAAUGUCAUGAAUGUGGCAAGGUCUUUAGUUUUAAUUCAUACCUUGCACAACAUCAGAGAAUUCAUACUGGAGAGAAACCUUACAAAUGUGUUGAAUGUGGCAAGGUCUUUAGUUGUAAUUCAUACCUUACACAACAUCGGAGAGUUCAUACUCAAGAAAAACUUUACAAAUGUGAUGAUUGUGGCAAGGUCUUUAGUUGUAGUUCAUACCUUAGACGACAUCAGAGUAUUCAUUCUGGGGAAAAACCUUACAAAUGUAAUGAAUGUGGUAAGGCCUUUAUUUACAAUUCAUACCUUGUUCAACAUGCAAUUGUUCAUACUAGAGAGAAACCGUACAAAUGUCAUGAGUGUGGCAAGGUCUUCAGUUGUAUUUCAUACCUCACACGACAUCAGGGCAUUCAUACUGGAGAGAAACCUUACAAAUGUAUUGAGUGUGGCAAGGUCUUCCGUCACAAAUCAAACCUUAAAAAUCAUCACACGAUUCAUUUGGGAGAAAAACCUUACAAAUGUUAUCAAUGUGGCAAAAAGUUUAGUUUGCGUUCAAGGCUUCAUAUACACCAGGUUAUCCAUAAUACAGAUAAACCCUACAAAUGUGAUUAUUGUGGCAAGGUUUUCAGGCACAAAUUAUCCCUAACAGUUCAUCUCAGAAUUCAUACUGGGGAGAAACCUUACAAGUGUAAUGAAUGUGGCAAGGCCUUCAGACAUAAGAUAUCACUUACAGUUCAUCAGAAAGCACAUACUGGAGAGAAACCUUACAAACAUUUUGAGUGUGACAAGGUCCUACAUCAAAACUCAAACCUUGAAGAUCAUCAUAGAAACCACAGAGGACAGAAACCUUACAAAUGUACUGAAUGUGGUAAGAUCUUCGAUUACAGUUCAACCCUUGCACGACAUCAGUGUAUUCAUACUGGAGAGAAGCCUUACAAGUGCAAUGAGUGUGGCAAAUUCUUCUGUCAAAAAUCAAACCUUAAAAAUCAUCAUGCUAUCCAUUCUGGAGAGAGACCUUAUAAAUGUAAUGAGUGUGGCAAAGUCUUCCGUCACAAAUCAAACCUUAAAAAUCAUCACACAAUCCAUACAGGAGAGAAACCUUACAAAUGUAAUGAAUGUGACAAGGCCUUCAGACAAAAGAUAUCCCUUUCACGUCAUCAGCGAACUCAUACUGGAGAGAAACCUUACAAAUGUAAUGAAUGUGGUAAGGUCUUCUGUGAAAAAUCAAACCUUAAAACUCAUCAGAGAAUCCAUACUGGAGAGAAACCUUACAAAUGUAAUGAGUGUGGUAAGGCCUUCUGUGAGAAAUCAAACCUUAAAACUCAUCAGACAAUCCAUACAGGAAAGAAACCUUACAAAUGUAAUGUAUGUGGUAAAGCUUUUAGUCACAUAUCACGCCUAUCACAGCAUCAGAGAAAUCAUUUGUGAGAGACUCUGUAGACUGAUUGAAGAUGGCAGCUCUUCAUUAUGAGUUUUACCGUUAAUCAACAUCAGAGAGUCCAUACUGAAGAGAAAUGAAAUAAAUGCAAUUUAUGGCAUAGGGACUUUUUCCAGAUUUUACUAAUCACACAUCGAAAGGUACAUCUCUUCAUGUACUUUCCUGUAUUUCAGUUUGAUAUUUGGGAAAGAAUCCAUACAAUGACAUGCCUCUGUUGAUUAUUUAAGGUCAUUUCUAUUCUAUUUUCCUGGAAGAGAACAGACACUCCCUUUUGAGCUUUAAUUUUUUUUUUCUAUUUUUGUGGAGGCAGGGUUUGCUCUGUUAUCCAGGGGGAAGUACAGUGGUGUAAUCAUAACCCACCACACCCUCUAAUUUAUGGGCUCAAGCUAUCCCUGUCCCUUCUCAGAGAGCUGAUACUAUAUGUAUACCACACCAGGUAUAGCUGAGUUUUUAAAAUUUGUUUUUGAGAGAAAAAGUUUCACUAUGUUUCUCAGUUUGUUUCAAUCGUGGGAUUCUGUUUAUUCUCCCAACCUGGACUGCUUGCAUUCUGGCAUUACAGAUGUGAGCCACUGUGCCUUGUCUUUGAGAUUUAAUGUCUGAUUUAGAGAGGAUGGUGGUGGAUACAUCAUAAUGUAAAACUAUGGUGUCAGCCUUCAUGCAUAAUACGUUCAGCACAUGCUUCUCCUGAAAUAGGGCCCAGUGGGUUAUAGGUACGAAAUGUUUUAUUAACUCACUAAAAAAGAACAGGCUACAACCUCUGGGAAUUUGAUGGCAAGAAUAUAAUAGUUCUUAAUUUGUAGAAAGAAUGCAGGGAUAAUGUUGGUCACCUUCCCUGUUGAAUGGCAAUAGCUUUUGUUUAGCAAAGGUUGAUGAAAAAAUAGCCUUUUUAUGAAGCUGAAGAGAGAAAAGAUUGAUCAGAAUAGACAUUCUAAUUAAAGCUACCAGUAAUUCAUGUUCUUGAUAGGGAUUCAUGUUUACCUCUUGGCAUUGUAAUUUGCAACUGUUUUAUUCAGAAUAUGUCAGAAUUCUCAGUUUUUUUCCCCUUUUUAUUGUUUGGGAUUCAUUGAGGUACAAAGAAUUAAGUUGCAUUGAUUGUAUUUGUUAGGUAAAUUCCUUUUUAACAAAACAGUAACUUAACAAAACAGUAAAUGCCUUCACAUAAUUCCCAGUUUUAACUAACAAAAUGUAAUGUAUUUCAUUGCCAUAAAUGCAUCACAAUGUUUCUACCAACAUUGUUUUAUUCCGCUUCAGGAGGAAACUUCAUAAGGGACAAUAAUAGUUCACCAUUAGGCUCUUAUGGUUGAAGCAUCUAGAACAAAUUUUUUGGUGAAAUCAAAGAACAUACCCUCUGGGGUACAUAUACCUAGGUAAGUAUGAUUUGGAGGUAAUCAUUCUUAGUACUUAUGUUAUUCUCUUUACACUCUGCUGUAGGAUACUUACUGAGUCCAGUGAAAAUUGCAUGGCAGUGUGACUUCAGAUUCUUACAUCCUCAAACAUGCAUCACUGUUGAUGAACAUGCACUGUCUCAUAUUUCUGCAUGAUUCUUUUUGUUACAUAGGACCCAUGGCAUACACCUUCAUUGUCCUUAAGCAAAAAAUGCACAUAUUUGUAAUAUGGAAGUUAUUAUGAAGUAAAAGAAUGUGUGGACAGUAAGGAUAAAAAUACCAUGUCUUUUUUGUUUAAGUGUGGUACUCAGUGACAUAAUUUACAAAUAUUAUUUAUGAAUUUCCUUUUAUGAAUAAACACAAUGGGAAACUUGUUUUGCUGGAUAAACUAGGAACUGCUUAUAUUUACCCUUGUAACACUUUUCAUAAGUUGCAUUUUCUCACCACUGCCCUUAAACUUGAUUGACGUGCAUCUAAGAUAUGGUUUGUGUAUCGAGAAUGAUGCUAACCCCUGAAGAGGUAUGAGAAUUUUUAUUGCACAGUGAGGCUUUUUGAGGAAAAUAGAAUAGUUUUCCACAGGUGAUUAAAAAAUGGCCUUAGAGGAACUGGCAUAUGUGAUUGGCUUGGGGUGUUAUGGUUAUUGUUAACUUAAUCCAGAUAGGCCAAAUAUGAAAAGGGAGUGCAGAGGUAUAAAAGGCAUUAGUAUUCAAAUAUCACACAGUGUAGUCUGACUUUUUCAGGUAACUGAGUGUUUUCACCGAGUGAAAUCCCCCAACUAAUCUGUUAUGAAAGAUCCUACUUCCUUCAUAUUAAUAACUUACUCCAUUCCUUUCCUGGCUGUAUAUAUAAAUCCCAUGGCAGAGUAUGACUGUUGAAAAUGUUUGUGAAAUACUGUUUAAUUAAAUUGCCUAAAAUAUUUUUUACAGUAGAAUGAAAAUUAUCACGUGGAAGUGCUUAUUAUAUAAGAAUUAUGAUUAAGGAAUUUUACUGAAAGAAGAUUUUUAUAAAAUUAUAGAAAUGCCAUUUUUAGAUAAUGAUAUUAAGCAGUAUAUGCCAUCAUUCAUUUUAAUGUUUAUUAAAGUUUUCUGGUUUUGUAUAUGAUUUUUUUUGUCAUUUUUUCCUCUUUCAUACAUUGUAGGCCAGCAUGUAUAUUUAAUACGUUUUUUUCCCUGUGUUACUCUGGUUAAAAAUUUAGGGAGCAUGUAUAUGAGGGUGCUGUUUGGAGGUAGAUUUUGUGACCUGAGCAUAUAGGUUAGGACAAUGGCAAGUAAAAACUGAUUUCUCUAUAAAUAAGAAAAAGCAAUGCCACUUAGAGUCUUUAGGGAAAGCAGUGGGACAAUGCAAGACAGUAAACUGAAAUUUUUUUAAUGUGGACAUUAUCUAAGAUCAGAUGCUUGAAAAUCAAAUAUGUGGAGGUUAAUCAGCAUCUACAGAGGUAAAUGAAAAAUCGGUAAGAGGGAAAAUCUCCCAGACUUCAACUUGACUUUGUGACAAGGAGGUGAUCUCUUGCUGAAUCCCUGGAGGCAAUUCUGUCACCUGCCACUGGCUAGUAUCUCUAUUCAGAGUUGGAAACUUUUCAGGAAAAUAUGUUUGUGUUAUUUGUAACAUGAAAACUGUCACCUGAUAUAUUUGUGUUCAUCCAAAGUUACUUAAUACAUUUCCUUUUAAUAAUUUCAAGUUUAGUGUAGUUGUGUACACUUAAAAAUCCCAGCUCCCUGGGAAGCUGAAGCAGGAGGAUCAUUCGAUUCCAGUAGUUAGAAACCAUCCUGGGUUACCAAGUCAGACCCUGUCUCAAAGAGAAAAAGUUAUUUGUGGGGAAGGGUUAAAGUAGUGGACCUGAAGCAGUGGGCACAUGCUUAGAGGAUUGAAGAUGGCCAGUAGAUACUUACCUUUGGCUGAAUUGUCUGAUUGGGGUGGGAUCCAACAGAGAAGUGAUAGAAGACACUAAAUGCAGAUUAGAAAGAAGGCGGCCUGCUUGGCUGAGUGAGCAGAGGCCAGGGUGCUGUCCUUAUGUGGGGGAGGGGCAAGUGACAGAUCUCUAGCACUCUACACUCCCCUUUGUAGACUAAGUCUGAGCUCCAAGAGGGGCCCUGCACUCCUUCAGGUCUCCAGAUAAACAGCUGCCUGAAGACUGCAUAGUGGAACUUCUCCAGGGAGGUGGUAUAAUGGGUUACCACAGGAUGCUGGGCAUUACAGCAUAAAUAAGCUGUAAAUAAGCAUUACAUGUGUCAUCAUCCUUUGAGCCCAACCAUAGAGUGCUGCAUCAGCCUGUCAAUCAUUUCUGCUAUAACCACCUACCUCAUUGCUGCUAUGCUGUGAAGCAGUAGAGAGUCCAGUUAUGCUCACAUACCCUAAGGACUGAUGCUGCUGCUGCUGCCACUGUCACUGGGGUAACUGUGGAAGAACAUGCCCCUGUAACCAUCAACCCCCACUGCUGCCACCUUGAUACAAGAUUCAGUCUCCAGCAAACUUGCACAGCAUCCUGAUUACACUGUCACCUUGGAGAGUGACCCACCCUCACUCCACAUGAGCAUUCAGCAUUGGCCUGGGGACCAGUCCACCCCUGCACACAGCACCUCUUUGGACUGUGACAACCACUGGAGAACAAAGAAAUGCAGUAGUACCCCAGUGUUAGAGGCUCACAAUUUGUCUGCUGUCUAUAGCUAAUCUAUUUAUCUAAUAAAGAGUUGCAUAGAGUACAGGUAAAGAAUUGUAAAAAAUACUUCACUCACAUGGAAACCAAAAAUAUGCAGAUGUAGCUAUUCUU